AUGGACAACCUCUCUAAACGGAAACUCGCCUCCUCCGCAGGCCCCGAAGCCGUAACCCAAGACACAGACAAGGCCCCCGACAAGCGCCGCAAAGUAAUCGGGCCAGCUCUUCCCCCGCCCGCCUCUAACACCGAUAACAACAGCGACAACUCAGACACAAAUUCAGACUCAGACUCCGAUGACGAUGACUUCGGCCCUAGCCUUCCCCCACCGGCGGGCUCAAGACCAGAACAAGCGCAACCAAGUGCGCAAACAUCCUCACAACUAAAUACAUCACAAGAACCCGAGUCAGCACCGGCACCCAAACGCGACGCCUGGAUGCUUGCGCCCCCUACCACCGGUUCGGACCGCUCGCGCGUCGACCCUACGAAGCUACGGAAUCGCAAGUUCCAGAGUGGGCCACGGGUUGGGAAUGCCCCGAGCGGAGGGGGAGGGGUGGAUAGCUCGUGGACUGAAACCCCAGAGGAGAAAAUGAGGCGCUUACAGGAUGAGGCGAUGGGGAUAUCGUCGUCUUCGGGGCCAAAUGGUGCGGGAGUGGGAACAGGGGCGGAUGAUAAGAAGGCGCAGGCGAUGAGGGACAAGGUUCAGCGGUAUAACGAGCGCGUGAGGGGGGAGGAGGCGUUGUCGCUGGUUGAAGACAAGAAGAGAAAGGACAAGCAGAAGGGGAAUAAGGAGGAAGAGGAUGAUCCGAGCAAACGGGCUUUUGAUAAAGAGAAGGAUAUGGCGCUUUCGUCGAGCCUUACGAAUGCUCAACGGAGAGAAAUGAUGAGUAAAGCAGCGGAUUUUGGCUCGAGGUUUUCGAAGGGGAAGUUUUUGUAG